AUGGAAGCUAGUACAUCACGCAUGAACACAUAUGCUUGCAACCGGUGCCACCAGAGGACCCACUCCUUGUCGGCUCUUUUUCGUCAUUUCUGCACCUGGCAUGGCAUAGAAGACAACUGGAAGUGCGGCUUGGAAGGCUGCGAAAAAGCUUUUAGGCUUUAUAGCUCCUUCCGUAAACAUGUCAGCCGUCACCACAAUCAUCUGUUCCUCCAGACAACCACAGCUGACACAUCUUUGGCACCUUUUGCUGACAACCUCGAAGAAACAGUACAAACUUAUCCCACUCAGCCGGCUGAUCAAGCAGCUGAACAGGCAUGUUUUGAUGUUGACAUUCUUAACACCAGUGGUCAGUGUGUUGAUCGUGGUACUCCUGGCAGUAGUGAUCAGUGUGCUACGGCUCUGUCUUCAUUGUUACUAAAGUGGCAAGAGGGCAGGCAGUUACCUCAGAGCACCUUGAAUGAAGUUGCAAAUGAUAUGAUAAACUUUAUUUCAGAGUUUAGAGCAGACUUCAAUGCAACCACUAUUACAAAACUUGAGCAGCUCAGAACAAAAACAGGCCGUGAAAACUGGUGGAAAUCUUCACAUACUUUUGUUUCUCCCCGAACAGUAUGCCUUUCAGAUCAGGGUACUUCUGACAGCUUUGAAUACAUUCCAAUUUUGGAAACACUAAAAGCUGUCUCAAGUGUCUAUGACACUUUCCAGACAACUCACAAACCUUGUUCAGCUCUCCUACAGGAUGUGUCUGAUGGCAUGUACUUCAAGGAGCACUGCUUGUUCAAAAAUGCCAGUAGUCAGAAACUUUUUGCUCUACAGCUGUACUUCGAUGAAUUUGAAAUCUGCAAUCCAAUUGGAAGCAAGCGUGGAAAACACAAACUCUUGGCUGGAUAUCUAACAAUUUUAAACUUGCCACCCCGAUUUCGCUCGAAAGUUGACAGCAAGCACCUCGUUCUUCUUGUGAAAAAUUCCACUGUAGCCAGAUUCACCUUGCACAAGAUUGUGCAACCACUACUUGAGGACAUACAGUACCUAGAAUCCCAAGGAGUUGAGAUUAGUGGAGAAUUCAUUAAAGGGUCUCUUCUUUACGUGUGUGGAGAUAACUUGUCUAGCCAUCAAAUUGGCGGUUUCCGCGAAUGCUUUUCAUCAGGGCCUAUCUGCCGUUUUUGCUUGGCGAAGAAAGAGCACAUCAGUGAGAAGUGGAACGAAGAAGAAUUUAUCAUUAGAACAAAGAAAAUGCAUGCUCAACAUAUUCACCUAUUGAAGACUGAUUCAAGCCUCAGCAAUGUGUAUGGCAUCAGUGGUGAAAGCUGUCUAAGUUCACUUCAGUCAUUUGAUGUGACGAAAGGCCUUCCCCCUGAUGUUAUGCAUGACCUGUUUGAAGGAGUCAUUCCAUUUGCCAUGAAACACAUCUUACGCCACAUUAUGUCAUGCCGUGUGCUCACUCUUGAUGAGCUAAAUGAUAGGCUCGUCUCAUUUCCCUUGCAAGGAGGGGACAAGAAAUCACGACUGCCUCCUCUGUCCCAUCACUCAGUGUUUGGCACAUCAGCCAUAAAAG